GCAAAACAAUACAGAAGUUGUAACAACAAGCACUUUACUGUAUAAUGGAAAACACACACUUGUAAUUGUUUCAUACGUACAUUAUGGUUUACACACCAUCUUGGGUGAUUGUUAUCUGUGUUUUGCUUACAUGUUUUUCAUAUGGACGGUGUAAAAAUUUUAAGGAAGAUCUAGUGAAGCUUCACAAUACACUUAGGAACAUUCAUGCGUCUCCAGGCUUGAAGCUUGACCAGCAGUUAAGCAAACAAGCACAAGAUUUAGCAGAUGAAGCAGCUGCGAAGGGAAAUUUUGAAAGCAAACCUAAGUCAGGUUCCAACACAUUCAUGUUAUGUACUACAUAUAAUCGUGCACUUACUGCAAAAGAAACAGUUGAAGCUUGGUAUGAUGAAGUUUGCACUGCUGGUUUUUCGUUUGAACAUCCCUACAACAAACACGCACUUGCUUUUACCGAGCUUAUCUGGAAAGACACAAAUACUAUAGGUGUUGGCAAAAGUUCAAAAACGUACAACAACGACACCAAAUGCACUUUUGUUGUGGCUAUAUAUCGUCCACCAGGAAACAUUGUAAAUGCCGAUUCUAAAAACAAGGAUGAAGUAUUUUUGGAGAAUAUCCAAAAAGGAAAAUUCAAUGAAAAUUAUUGUGACAAGUUAAAAGAUAAUAAAAGACAUCGUAUUCCAUCAAUCCAAAAGAGAAGCAUAAGAACAACUACUUACGAAACACAUCAAAAUAACAAUGAUUUACAACUUGAUAAACGAUCACUGUAUUACAGAUUCCCUGCCAAAUUUCUUAUUGAUCCCAUCACAGGACAAGCAAAGGCUGUUGCGCCAGAGCGUGCCAAUGUUAAUUCUUAUGCGAAGUCCCAACUCGGAGUGGCUCCAACAUAUGACCGAUCUAUGUACAACAAUAUGCCAUACGCUGCCCCAUCUCCAUACACAGAGUCAUCUAUGUAUGGUCAAGAAGUGAUGCCUCAAACUGCAAUGGCAUAUUCUGGCAUGGGACGUUAUAAUUAUGAGGGUGCUAAACCAAUGGAUACAUACACACCUGAUGAUGGUAUUAGUUUAGGACGCAGAUAUACACCUGCAGUGGUGCAACCCCCACCAAGUCCAAUAGUUAUGGCUGCUUUUAAAAAACCAAAAGUUCCAAGAGUUUUGCAGAUGCCGAGUGCUUUAAAGAAAAGAAAAGAAACUCGUGUUGGCAAGAAAAGUGUGAAAAAUGAAAAGACAGGAACUGUCCGUGGUUUAGAUGAAAGUGAAAGACUGAAGCUUCAAGCAGAUGCAUUAAGUGUUCACAAUGCAUUUCGGAAAAUACACGGUGUUCCUCCUCUUGAGUUAGAUGAACAGCUAUGUAAAGAAUCUCAAGUGUGGGCCGAAGAAAAUGCUGCAAAUGGAAGAAUGAAACAUUCUGAGUUAACAAAUUAUGGGGAAAAUUUGGCCUUUCGCUGCACGGGUGAUAAAUCUGUAGCAUCUAUUAAUGAUUCAGCUGCUGACUGGUACCGCGAAGUAUGUGAACAUAACUAUGAUUUCAACAAAAACGAUGCACAAUUUAAUGCCCUACACUUUACUCAAUUGAUCUGGAAGGAAAGUUCAAAGCUGGGAAUUGGCAUGGCCACUUCCACAAAGGACAAAAUGCUGUGUACUUAUUUUGUGGCACGGUAUACACCGCGAGGAAAUAUGGGAGGAGAGUUCUUAAAAAAUGCACCAAAAGGUUCAUUUGACAAAACCAAAACUUGCGAUGAAAUUGACACAAUAAAGAACCAAGCAAAUCCUUCUGACAAUAGUCCUACAACUGAAGAUAAAGAACCUUCUAAUGCAGCUGAUGGUAAUGGAAUUGCUCCUACACCUACUACUGGAGAGACUACACCGUCCACAGAAAGUGAAGCUCAAACCACAAAGAAACCAAACAGUGAAGAUCCAAACAAUGCACAGCAAGACCAAGAUGAAAAGAAUUAUCAAGAAGACGCUGUAAAAGUGAUGAAUGCAUUUCGAAAAAUUCAUGACAGUCCACCACUGACUGUGAACAACAAUUUACAUGCUAAAGCUAAACAACGUGCUGACAGUUUUGUUACUGGUCUUGUAAAAAGAAGUGAAAGAAAGCAAAAACCUGGAGAGAAUGUCCAAGUUGCAUGUAAUCCUAUUGACAAGGUUCUACCUCCUGAAGAAGCCAUAGGAAACUUGUACCGUGAGGUAUGUGGGAAAAAUUACACCUUUGAGAAAGAAGGUCCACAAAAUGCAUCUCAUUUUACACAGAUGGUUUGGAAAUCAUCAACUGAGGUUGGAGUAGCAUACGCUACAAAAAAGAAAAGAAAUGGAAAUUUGUGUACUGUAGUUGUAGCAAUAUACGAGCCUGUUGGCAAUCUUCCUGGUGAAUUCUUGAAGAAUGUUAAAAAGGGAAAGUAUGAUCGAUCAUAUUGUGGAAGUAUUAACACAAUAGCUUCUGCAGCUUUAGAAGAUACACCAAAAGUGGAGGCUAAGCCUGAGGAUGUACCUGCAGAAGAAAAGCCUGGAGACAACCCUGUAGAGCCCAAGCCAGAUGGAAGUGAGAAAGGACAAGAAAACAUCCCAACAGAGGCCAAACCUGGAAAUAAUUCAGUAGAGGCGAAACCAGAUGAUAAUAACGGUGAAAAGAAACCUGGAGACAACCCAUUGGAAGCUAAACCAGAUGAUAAUAAUGUCGAGAAAAAGCCAGAGGAUAUAUUGGGAGAAGGGAAACCAGAUGAAAAUCCAGGUGACAAGAAGCCUGAGGAGAAUAAUGGUGAAAAAAAGCCAGAAGACAACCUAGUAGAGGCUAAACCAGAUGGGAGUGAGAAAAAGCCAGAAGACGUCCCAACAGAGGCUAAACCUGGAAAUAAUUCUGUAGAGGCUAAACCAGAUGAUGGUAAUGAGAAAAAACCUGGAAAUAACCCAGUAGAGGCUAAACCAGAUGAUAAAAAUAGUGAUAAAAAGCCAGAGGAUAUAUUGGGACAAAAGAAGCCAGAUGAAAAUUUAGGUGACAAGAAGCCUGAGGAAAAUAAUGGUGAGAAGAAGCCAGAAGACAAACUUGUGGAGGCUAAGCCAGAUGAUAACAAUGAUGAUAAGAAGCCUGGGGAAAACCCAGUGGCAGCUAAACCGGAUGAUAAUGGUGAGAAGAAGCCAGAGGAUAUAUUGGGAGAAAAGAAGCCAGAUGAAAAUCCAGGCGACAAAAAGCCUGAGGAAAAUAAUGGUGAGAAGAAGCCAGAAGACAAACUUGUGGAGGCUAAGCCAGAUGAUAACAAUGAUGAUAAGAAGCCUGGGGAAGACCCAGUUGAAGCUAAACCGGAUGAUAAUGGUGAGAAGAAGCCAGAGGAUAUAUUUGGAGAAAAGAAGCCAGAUGAAAAUUUAGGUGACAAGAAGCCUGAGGAAAAUAAUGGUGAAGAGAAACCAGAAGACUACCCUGCAAAGGCUAAACCAGAUGAUAGUGAAAAAAACCCUGGAAACACUUCAACAGAGGCUAAACCUGGGAAUAACUCAGUAGAGGCUAAGCCAGAUGAUAAUGGCGAGAAAAAGCCAGAAGACAACCCGACAGAAGCUAAACCUGGAGAUAACCCAUUGGAGGCUAAGCCAGAUGAUAAUGGCGAGAAAAAGCCAGAAGACAACCCGACAGAAGCUAAACCUGGAGAUAACCCAUUGGAGGCUAAGCCAGAUGAUAAUAACGGUACGAAGAAACCAGAAGAUAAGCCAAUGGAGUCUAAACCUGGAGACAAUCCGUUAGAAGCUAAGCCAGAUGUAGAUCCUGAAGAUAAAAAGCCAGAAGAUAAUAAGCCUGAAGAUAAUAAUGGUGAGAAAAAACCUGAGGAUAACUUGUCUGACAAAAAGCCAGAAGAUAUACUUGGAGAAAACAGACCGAAUGAUAGUACUAAAAAAAAACCUGAUGUCGAUCCUGAAGAUGUAACCCCAGAUGAUAAGAAACCAGAAAAUGACAAGAAGCCAGAAGACAACAAUGGCGAAGAUAAACCAGAAGAAAAGAAACCUGGUGAAGAAAAGACGCCGGAAGGUGAAAAAAAACCUUCCACAGAUGUUAACCCAGAAGAUGUAAAUUUUGCUAAGGAAGGUCUGAAAGCACACAAUGCUUUAAGAAGUAUUCACCAAUCACAACCACUCGUAGAGAAUGUUGAAUUAACAAAGAAAGCAAAAGAAUUAGCGGUUAGCUUCUCACAAGCUGGUGAUAAAAGGAAAAGAACAGUUGAGGUUAAUAUGGGUGAAAAUAUAGAAAAGUCAUGUCAUGCAGAAGAACAGGAAAUAAAGGCUGAAGAAGCUGUUUUAGAAUGGUGGUCUAAAGGAUUUUGUGAUGGAGGCCCCGAUGCUAUUGCACAAAAACUAUUAUCUCCAGGGUCUCAAGUUGUUUGGAAUUCUUCAGUUGAAUUUGGAAUGGCAGAAGCAAAAUAUGCAGAGAAUGGCAAAUUUUGCACUGUUAUUGUUGCGUUGUAUUCGCCAAAAGGAAAUAUAGAAGGUGAAUUUGAUACCAACGUAAAGGAAGGCGAUUUUGACUAUAAUACAAUGUGUGAUGACAAAAACAGCACAAUGCAAAUUGCAAAAGAAUUAUUGGAGAAAGGAAAUGAAUCUGAUGAAGAUGAAGCCAAGCAAGGAACUGCAACAGGAACACCCACAAAAGGUGGAGAAAACAUGGGUGAAACAGGUGAGCCGGCUGGGGGAAGUACUAAUGAACCAAGUGAUGAAACAGACAAAGAGAAACCAAGCUCUCCCGACUCGGCAUCCACAAGUGAUAAACCAUCAACAACUGAAGGCAGCGGUAGCAAAGAAUCAGGACAUGAGAAGGCUGCAUUGGAGGCACAUAACAUAUUAAGAAAAAUUCAUGACGCUGAACCUAUGAAGCUGAAUGACGACAUGUCGGCAUCGGCUGCUGCUUACGCUAAAAAAAUUGCUGACUCAGGAUCUAUGGAACACAGCACCUCUGCUGAAAGAAAUGGUGAUGGAGAGAAUCUAGCCAUGUCGUGUUCUUCAGGCAACGAGGAAUUUAAUGUGGCGACUCAUGUGAGAAAUUGGUAUAAAGAGGUGUGCGAUCCUGGUUACAAUUUCAAUUCGGGCGGCUUUAGCGGUGGCACUGGUCAUUUUACCCAAGUUGUAUGGAAAGAUUCUAGCGAACUAGGCAUUGGUGUAGCAAAAGGGAAAAACAGUGGAAUGACCUGCUAUUAUACAGUUGGGCGGUACCGCACGGCUGGAAACAUGCAGGGGGCGUUUCCAAAAAAUGUUGUAAAAGGAACAUUUUCAAAGAGCAGUACUUGCGCGUCAGUGGAUAAGAUGCUGGGCUUAACCGCCAAGAGAAGUCCAUCUGCAGCUAGUAAGCGCAGCGGUAACGUUGAAAAAAAAGGAGUCCCUUUAAAAGUUGCGACGGUGAAAGGCAUAUUACGAACUAUCAUCCAGCCGAAGCAUCACAAAUUGCAGAAGAAAACCCAUCUAACACAUUCAAAACACUAAAACACAACAACUAACGUUCAACAUUAUAACAACACCUAAAUUUAACGUAUACUUUAUACUUACCGAACUCGAACUCAGGCUAUGAAGCUCCGCUCAAGGUAGCCUGGAAUCGAAAGUGGCUUUCAAUCACUGUAAAUUACUUUACUAUGCAAAAAGUUUAUAUUAAACUGUA